AUAAAUUUUUAGUUCAUAAUUAAUUGGAUAGUCGAAAUAUUCUUAGAAUGGUCACCCCCGCACGCUCUCAGUCUGAAGGACCACUCCUCGAAGAAGAGAAAGAAGGAGUCUCAUCCUCCUCAUCCUUGUUGGGUUAUGACUUUCCCUUACCUACGGUGGUGCUCAUAAAAAUCUUUGACGUUCUCCCCGUCGAAGGAAUGCUAAAUUGUCGACUAGUAUGUCAAGAGUGGAACAGCGUGAUUCAUGCCGCAGAUUUACUCGAUAUUAAAUCAUGCUUUGUCGUUGAUGGUCGCCGGGAGGAUUCUGCCGAAUCCACCAAAUGCAACGAGUACAUGGAUACUUCUUCGUCGAAAAACUAUCUCUGGUCUCAUUUAAAGUUGCGUCGCGUCGUGGCUCGUCACUGCACCUGGCUCUUCCGUCAGAUUGAAACUUCCUCGACGGAGAAUUUUACUGGAAACGUGACCACGCUAGAACUCCUCAAUAGCACGCUCAAUUGGGCCCAAAUUCUUCAGCUGUUGAUCGAUUUUGAAAAUCUCACCCACUUUUACGACAAGCAGGACAUUUACUGCUGGGACUACGCCACAUUUAACACCGGUAUCGAGGAAGACGAAGUCAUUCCUGACACGGCGAGCUUCCAGCAACUCCGAAACUCGGAACGUUUGAGCACCCCCAGUCGUCUAAGAGUUGUCCGAAUCCACCGCAGUCAGCUAAUCGAAUGUACCACGUACCUCAAAAUCCUACAGCUUCGAUUUCACUCACUUUCCCAGCUAGAAAUACACACGGACCAAAACUUUGCCCCUCAGAGAGGAAACCUAUUUUACACCCAUCUUGGCCAUCUUCUCGCCAAGGUGGGAGGAACACUGAGGACGCUCUGUUUCCCGUACAAGUUGGUCUGUCCCUCGUACGACUUCAGGACGACGGACGAGCAUCGCAUUUUUCGCGAAUUUUUGAACUUCAUUACGGAAAAUGAGUGGGUGCAACGGAUACGACUUCCCGUCCUGGAGGAGUUAUCUCUGCAGUAUGGAGUCAUUCCGAUGGAGGGAAAUGAACUCGUGGAGAAAUUGGCCCCGUUUUUGAUAGAAUCGUGCAAAAAUUUGAGAAACUUUUACUGUGGGUAUAUCCACUUGGAGGGUGGAAUGGAAGCGUCACUGUUACGUGAGUAG